AAGAACAUAAACCCCGUCGUUAAUUUUGGAUAAACAACGGCCACCGGUAAAACAGAAGUCCGGCCAAACUCACAGCCAUGAACACCACCGCCACCGUUUCUCGCUUUAUUAUUAACAAUAUCAUUAUACCUCCUUCUUUUUCAAAUUCUCACACCUUCACCAAAUUUCACAUCCACUCUCCAUCGUCAAUACGACGUCGUUUUCCUAAAACAUUCACCACUCUCAUCCUAUCUAAAUCACCCCAGGUCAGUAGUAGUGAUGAAAAGAUGGUGGUAGUUGGUGGUGGAGCUGCCGGAAUAUAUAGUGCGAUUACAGCUAAAACUUUAGCUCCUAAUCUUGAUGUUAUCGUUAUCGAAAAAGCCAAACCCUUAGCUAAGGUUAAAAUAUCGGGAGGUGGUCGUUGUAACGUUACAAAUGGGCAUUGUGUCGACAAUAUGAUUUUGGCAGAAAAGUAUCCGAGGGGAAGUAAAGAAUUCCGAGGUUCAUUCUUUAGUGUUCAUGGUCCCGGGGAUACCAUGGCAUGGUUUUCUGAUCAUGGAGUCAAAUUGAAGAUCGAGGAAGAUGGAAGGGUUUUUCCAGUGAGCGAUAAUUCGUCUACUAUAGUCGAUUGCUUGCUAAAUGAAGCAAGGCAAAGGGGAGUUACUCUACAGACGGGGAAGUCUGUAACUUCAGCUUCGAUUUCUUCUGGUGGCAAGUUUAUGCUGAAGAUUGAGAAGCGUACAAUUGAUUAUAUAGAUUUUGUUGAAGCGGAUUAUCUGCUAAUUGCUAGUGGCAGCAGUCAGCAGGGAUACAAUCUUGCCACACAACUAGGCCAUUCUAUAAUUAAACCAGUACCAAGCUUAUUUACAUUCAAGAUUGAUGAUAUCCAGUUAACAGAGUUAUCUGGGAUUACAUUCCCAAACGUUAAGGCAAGUUUAAAGCUUGAAACUUUGCAGAAGAACAUUCCAGAGCUUACCCAGGUUGGGCCAAUGUUAGUCACACAUUGGGGACUUAGUGGUCCAGUAGUCCUUCGGUUAUCUGCUUGGGGUGCGCGUGAUCUUUUUGGUUCAGCCUACAAAGGAACGCUUAUUGUGGAUUUUUGUCCUGAUAUUCAUGGUGAAGAUCUAAAGUCUUCAUUAUCUCAACACAAAAAGAAGUUUCCGAAGCAAAAAGUGGUUGGUUCAUACCCUCCUGAACUUGGGCUGAUGAAGAGAUUUUGGAAAUACUUGUUAAACCGUCAGGGUAUAGAUGAAGAUAUCUUAUGGGCUUCCAUUUCAAAUAAUUCGUUGAUGUCGGUUGCGGCUCUGUUAAAGCAGUGUUCAUUUAUAGUGAAAGGAAAGGGCCAAUUUAAGGAUGAAUUUGUCACAGCUGGAGGGGUUCCGUUGUCUGAGAUCUCACUCAAAACUAUGGAGAGCAGGAUUCAAUCCCGUUUGUUCUUUGCUGGAGAGGUGCUAAAUGUUGAUGGGAUAACAGGAGGUUUCAAUUUCCAGAACGCCUGGUCAGGCGGGUAUAUUGCAGGAACAAGUAUAGGGAAGAUGGCUGCCACAUCAAAGCCUGCUGCUUUGCAGGAACAGGCCAUAUAACAGAGCAAAUCACCGAUAAAACACAAACAUGGAUUUUCUCACAUGAAAGAUUCUAGCGACAAAUGAUCUGCAUUUUUGACCUGUGAGUUGUAUCAAUAUAAGUUUAUCUCUAACAGAAGUCUAAAAAAGGGAGACUUUACAUACCUUGCCGCAAAAUGCUGACAACACACUUAUUUAGAUGAAAUGAGACAUAAAACGGAAUGUACAAGGAGUCGCGUUGCAGAAAAGAUGACACUUGUUGCCGUCAUGAUUAUUUCAGUAAGCAGAAGCUGCAUCAUGCAAUGCCAAGUGCCCAAGUGUCAUCUUUCCUGCGACAAGACUUCCUUAACUCCUAUUUUUCUUCUUUAAAAUCUUCUCUCUUUUGUGUCUAUACAUGAUCAUGGUUAAAAUCCGACCUCUCUUUCUCUCUCUAAUGGUGGAGAUAUAUAUAAGUAGAAGUUUUGUUUUUAA